AUGAAUAAUUCAAUCGACCUUCUUAAACAAAACGAAAGUAGGGAUUUUCCGAUCCUCAACAUGGCGGCGUUGGAAGAGGAUAUGGACACUGUUGAAUUUUAUGGUCUACAAGCAGAACCCACAGACUUUGACAGUCAAAAUAUAAAGAUAUCGCCAUUCCAAGUUCCAAAUAAGGUCGGGGGAUAUGUGUAUGAGACUACUCUUGAAUUCCGGCUUUGUAGUUUCAUUUGUACUGGCUCUCCAAAUCAUAACUAUAGGGCAGGGAAUUGUGAGCUGACUUUGGAAGAUGCACCUUUUGUAUUUCAAUUGAUCCAGGAGGGAUCAGGGAAAAGGGUUGUUGAGCUACUGGUUCAUUUCUCAACAAAUUUCCGCUCAUUAAAACAAGACCCACUGCUCUUUAUUUUGGCGAUUUGCUGCCGAUCCAAUAAUAAGGCUACAAAAAAUGCUGCAUACAGUGCACUCCCAUCCAUCUGUAGAAUUCCAACACAACUAUUCAGAUUUUUAGACUUCUGUAAAAUGAUAAGCAAUCAUCAGUCUGGAAGUAAAGGCUGGGGCAGAGCUCACCGAAAGGCAAUCGGCGAAUGGUAUCGUAGCUAUGGUGCAACAGAACGCAAACUGAAAUUAUUGGCGCUUCACAUAACAAAAUAUUCCAAAAGAUAUGGAUGGAAACAUAAAGAUGUGAUUCGCUUAUCCCAUCUCAAAGUUAAUGAAGAGAAUCCAACAUUAAAAUAUCUAGUCAUAGUUGCAGUAAAAGGAAAACAAUUUGCAGAUUCAACCAAUUUCAUACAGAAUCUACAACAACAAGAUAACUACAAAACCUCACAUUUAAAACAAAUCGUUGAUCUCCUUACUGCGAUUGAAAAUGCCAAGAAUACAGAGGACAUGUCUCAGAUGAGGAGACUCAUCUUGGAGCAUAAAUUAGUAAGAGAACAUGUGCCUCCCUGCUUCUUAAACGACAGAACAGUAUGGCUAGCUCUAGCUAGACACAUGCCAAUGAUAGCCCUGAUACGAAAUCUGGGGAAAAUGUCAAAAUUGAAGCUUUUCAAUCAAGUAACUUCAACUGAAGUCAAUAAAUCCUUUGAGGAACACUUAGUCGUAGAGAAAUUGAAAAAUAAUAGCCUCAUUUGCAAGGAAAAAAUCCACCCAUUUACAUAUAUGUUGGCGAUCCAUCAAUAUAAGAAAGGAGAAAAUGGACUUAAAACGUUACAGUGGCCAGUUUCUCCAGAUAUAUGUACUAGUCUUGAAGAAGGUCUGUAUUUCUCCUUUGAAAACAUCAGACCCACUGGAAAGCGGUUUUUAGUGGCAAUUGACAUCAGUAAAUCAAUGACAGAAAAAGUGAACGUCAUAGGUGCACCCUCCCUCCAGGCAAUAGACGUGGCUGCCUUCAUGUUAACUCUAACAAUCAGAAUAGAAAAAUCUUGUGACGCAAUCAUUUUUUCUGAUGACGAAACCAAAGAGUUGCGAUGUCUACCCUAUGAUCGUAUAAAUAUUGUUUCUGGAAAGAUCACGGAUCUUCUUGCAAAUCCGAUGUCAGGAUCAACAUCUAAUUGUUCUAUGCCAUUUAAGCACGCAAUGGAAAAGAAAAAAAUAUACGACGUGAUUGUAAUUUACACAGACAGUAACAUAUCUUUGGGUUAUCCCCAUCCAGCUCAGGCAUUAAAGAGUUAUAGAGAGGCUAUCAACAAGCCCGACGUGAAACUGGUCGUCUGCAAUCUGGCUUGUUCGGACGUCUCUAUUGGAGACAUAGAAGAUCCUUUCACCCUGACGGUUUGUGGAUUCGAUUCCUAUGUUCCCCAAACUAUAUCAAAUUUCAUAAAUGGUGAUUAUUGAUUUUUGUUAUGCAUUGAUGUAGAUGCGUAUCAUUCAAAUUCUAUAUUUACUCAUUGGGGAUUUAGACAGUUGAAGAAAUAUGCAUACAGAAUAUUUCUGUGUAAAUAAAUUAUAAGAAUAUAUGAUUGAUCCAUC